GAUUAUUUGCAUCGCAAAAGAACAUCCUUCUGGCGCGUUUCCCCAUCCCCAGAUCAUGACCACGGCACCCGACAUUCACAGCCUAAUCACAUCCCACACCGCUCUCCCGACGCCCCUCCCCCCUCUCACCCUCGACGCUGACGAACGCACUCCGCUCCACACCGCCGCUACCUCCAAAAAUCUCGCUGCCAUCACCCUCCUCUCUCCCCUCACCAGCACAUUAGCUGACCCACAAGAUUGGACUCCCAUACACAUUUGUGCGUCGAAUGGGUUUAUUGAGGGGUUGGCUGUCCUACUACGUGAUCAUCCCACACAUGUGAACGAUCAGACGGAAAGUGGACAAUCUGCGCUCCAUUUUGCGGUAUCUAAAGGGUGGAACGAGAUUGUGGUUGCGUUGUUGGAUGCUGGCGCGGACCCCAAUCUUCCAGACAACUAUGGUAUGACGUCCCUUCACCGGGCUGUGCAUCGUAGUAGGUACGAUAUUCUGAAUAUCUUGGUGGCCCGUGGUGGGAAUAUCAACGCUGCAGAUAAAGAGGGCGUGACGCCGCUCAUGGGGGCCGCGGAGGACGGUGAUGAGCAAAUGGUAAGGGCGCUGCUGGAGAAGGGGGCGGACGUGGGCAGGGUGGAUAAGAGCGGACGAAGAGCAGUGGAUGUUGCGGCUGCAAGUGUCAAGAGGUUGGUGUCGGUUGAAUGAUAGUAGGAGGUAUUAUCCAUAGGAAUGGUGGGCCCGGGUAGCAUCUUGUGCAUAUAAUGCAAUAAGACGAGUCAGUGUGGGCAAGUGUACUUUUAGGAGGCAUCAUGUUGGUAUGUUGAUAAUGAAAUAUAUAUUGGAUAAGAAAGAAAAACAGGCAGAAAUAUAGAAAAGAACCGCUAUAAAAAAAAACAUGGAUGUCCU